GAACAAAAUAUCUCUGUUCGCCAUUAUUGUGCUGCUUGACCGAUUAGCAGACAGCGACGUAAUACACGGCAUUACAAAAGAUAGCAAGCAUGGUGAAAGCAUGGUGUAUGGACGAUUCACAAGAGGAUCAACGCCUCCCUCAUAAGCGAGCUGGUGAUUCAGAUGUCAGCUUGGAACAACUGAAAGAUAUCGGAGUAGAAUACUUCAAUAUAAAUCCUCAGAACUUUGAGGAAAAUGAGACUCUGAAAAAAAUCAGGAAAGAUAGGAACUACACAUACAUGGACAGAAUUGAAUGCAGCAGAGAAAAGCUCCCUGACUAUGAAAACAAGAUCAAGGCCUUUUUUGAGGAACAUCUCCACAUUGAUGAGGAAAUCCGCUUUAUCCUGGAUGGAAGUGGAUAUUUUGAUGUCCGAGGAAAACAAGAUGAAUGGAUCCGCAUAUUCUUAGAGGCUGGUGACCUUAUCGUUCUGCCUGCUGGAAUAUACCAUCGUUUCACCCUGGACGAAAAAAAUCACAUUGUGGCAGUUCGCCUGUUUGUUGGGGAACCUGUAUGGACCCCAUACAACCGACCCCAGGAAGACAGGGACGUAAGGAAAGAAUAUGUGGCCAAGUACAUUACUGCCGCCUAAGGCUGUGAGCUGUCUGGGCUACUACAGAGGAGAGACAGAUUAUUAUACUCCACUAACAACACUAACAUUAUAUCCAAGAAAUUUGAAAAUUACCUACAUUACCUGAUUGAUAUUUUUUGAAAACAAUAUAUUAAUAGUACUCGCUAUCAUAUAUAUAU